UGAUUUGAUUGGUACCACUUGCGGCAGCAAAGAGAACAGCCUUUGAUAAUUUGUUGAGCCUUCCUCCGACACUGCCGUCUAUAGGUAUAUUGUAUGGUAGAGUUAGGUUAACUGGGAUUAGGUUAUAUUGAAGUUUAGAAAAACGUUGUAUUGUGUGCGGCUGUCUGUCAAGAUGAAGGCCUACCCUCUGGGUGGGUAUGAGUUUUUCAAACGCACCUAUGGCUUGGAAGCAUUUUUGACAUUCUCGACUUUGGAUGGUUGGUGGAAAUGUCAAGUAUGAUGACGACGGCGCACCUACGAUAUGUGAUUGGUCUUGUUGGUUAGGUUGUUUGUACACGUGAUGUAUGGCUAAAAUACCGAUUGGUCAAGACAACACAAUUUCAUUUGGGAGACGUAGUCGUGUUCCGUGUCAACGAAAAUAGUAGCUGGCUAGCUACUCUAGCACUUGGCCACCACAUAACUUUGGCUAAAAACACUUUCUUCCAGUAGCUCGCUUCCCUUCACUGUAUACGUUGUUUACACCAAAAAAAACAGACUGGUUUUAGCAGAAUAACGAAUUGGGGUUUACGUGCUAUCAGUGUGUCUGAACUUUUGAGGAGAAGAAUUUCAGCUAGCAAGCUGCAGCUGGCUAACGCGUUAGCAUAACUUGAUCGCUUGCUUGGCAUUCGAGAUCUAAAUAGUCGGCAAUAACUGCAUUUAUUCAUUUAUUUGAGGUCUCGUGGACCACUUUCUCAUCGAUCAAGCAUAAGCUGCAACUAUUUAUUAGUUGCUAGCUACCGUUGCUAUUUAGACGAGGAUCACAGAGUUAGCUAGCCCCAGUCACCUGAAUAAUAAUAUUUUUCGGAAGACAUGAACUCCAAUGUAGAGAACUUGCCGCCCCAGGUUCUGCGCCUGGUGUACAAAGAGGUGUCUGCACUAGCUGCAGAUCCCCCUGAGGGCAUCAAGAUCUACCCCAGCGAAGAAGACAUCACAGAACUCCAUACAGCCAUUGAGGGACCAGAAGGAACCCCGUUUGCCGGGGGUGUUUUCCGGAUGCGCCUGGUCCUGGGGAAGGACUUCCCUGCUGCACCACCGAAAGGCUACUUCCUAACCAAGAUCUUCCACCCUAAUGUGGGCCACAAGGGAGAGAUCUGUGUCAACGUCCUGAAAAGGGACUGGAGGGCAGAGCUGGGACUCAGACAUGUAUUACUGACUAUCAAGUGCCUUAUGAUCCAUCCCAACCCUGAGUCGGCUCUCAACGAGGAGGCGGGGCGUCUGCUCCUGGAGGACUAUACAGAGUAUGCGUCCCGUGCUCGCCUCCUGACUGAGAUCCAUGCCAUGGGGGGGCAUGGGGGGACGUCGGGGGUGCCCCAGGACCCCGCCGAUGGCCCCCAGCCCAAAAAACACGCAGGGGACCCUACCAAGAGGGCGAUGGGGCCAGGGGUUGCCCCCUCUGCUGCUCUGGGUAACGGAGCCAAUGGAAGCAGUACUACCUCCAGCAGUAGUAGUAGCAAUAGUAAUGUUGUAGGGAAGAAGAAAACUGAUAAAAAGCGAGCGUUGAGGCGACUCUAAUGCUGUUUGGAGUCUUCUCUGUGUGUGUGUGUGUGUAUACUGAAUAUUGUUCCCCUUCCCAGACUCUUUCUAUCCCCCUGACUCUACUGUCCCUUUUGUACUCAUUGCAUCUUGUAUCCCUGUUCAUUCCUUGUUGCCAUAUAUUCUCCCAAUCCCCUGUGGAUAAAUCCAUAUACAUUCAAUGACUUUUUGACAGCACCCCUUUUUGAUUUGAAGGAAACCUUCCAUACAUAUUUGUCUGUUGUAGAAGUGGUUUGAAGGAAACCUUCCAUACAUAUUUGUCUGUUGUAGAAGUGGUUUGAAGGAAACCUUCCAUGCAUAUUUGUCUGUUGUAGAAGUGGUUUGAAGGAAACCUUCCAUACAUAUUUGUCUGUUGUAAAAGUGGUUUGAAGGAAACCUUCCAUACAUAUUUGUCUGUUGUAGAAGUGGUCAGAAAGUGACUUUUUGGACCUCCAUGUCAAAACACAAAAGAUGAAGGUCAUCAAAGUUGACCCUUUUGCGAACCACACAAUGAUUUAGUCAUUUCUUGGUUGGGUGGGGUAUGCAAAAUGAGGCAACUUUGAGCACCUUGAUCUCCUGAAUGUUUAUGGCAUUUAGGUCCAAAAAGUCACUACUUUCUGACCACUUCUUCCAUGGUAAAACAUGUCUGGAACGUUUAAAACAAAAGGGAUGUUGUGAAAAAGUGACUGAAUUCAAAUGGAUUCACCGCUGUGUGUUAGUUCUCUCCAUGGUUCCUCGCUGUCAUGAUCAGAGUAAGGUUUAUUGUGUUUCAUACACAGCACUAGUGAUUGUGUGUGUCAUAUAGUAGCUACCCAGCUCAACACUGUUCGAGCUUCAGUCUGACUCAUCUCCCCUAUCUGAAAUGAGGCUUCUUUCUGUUCAGUGUUCACUAAACAAAAUGUCUUGGAUAUUUUUCAGAAACAGAAAAUGCCUCUUUCUUUCCCCAACCCCUUCUUGACGUGGCUCCUGUUGCUGAAAUGGUACUGUGUACUGCCCAGCUAGCCUCGUGUUGGGAAACUGGUGAGAUGUUUUGUCAUGUCUGAGUUGAGUUACCUUAUACGAGAUCAGGUUGUCGAAAGGGAGUAAGGGUUGAGGACUUAUUAGAAGAUUAUGCAAUGUUUUUUAUUCAUAGAGUGAAACACAACAUGAUGAGAUGGUCAUUCAUUGGGUAGUCAAAUGAGGAAGCGGCAAUGAGCAGUUUUCCUAGAAAAUGUUUGUCUAGUCGUGGUCGAAAUGAGAUGGACACGAAGGGAGCAACAUUUGGUCUGAUUAUUACUUCAAAAAAUGAUUUCACCCCUAUUUUUUUGUAAAUGUUUAUCCCCAUGUAUGACUAUUCUGUUUUUGCGUUUUUACAAAAUUGUCAUUGUUUAUUCAUUGUCCAGUAUUUGCCAGAGUGGUUUUAAAGUGACAUGCCUAUAUUCAGAUGUCUUGGUGCGUGUAUGAAGUAGGUUAUUGUCCAUACAGGAUUAGGUUAGGGUGCAGGAUUGUGCAUAUCAUUGAUUAUUAAUUAUAUCCCAUAUAUAAUUAUGGAUAUUUAUUUAUAUGGUCAUAGUGGCACAUCUGGUCUUUAGUACUGAUUUGCCAAUAGUGUACUUGUGAACCUUUUUAUUGUAAAAUGUUUUUCAUUUGAUUUGUAUGGAUCAAAUACCUGCUCCGGUCAUAUGCACUAUCCAGCUCCUAUCCUGUUCAGAAUUGGGAAAAAACAAUGUAUUUGUCAAUAGGGAAGCCUCAACAGAUUUGAUAGAAAGGAACUCCCCAGUCGAUAUGCUCCUCUGGCUGGGUUUCCUGGGCAUGUUUUCUCCCUCCGAUCUAAAUGCAUGUUGGCGCCUACAUUUCCCAGGGAAACAAUCAACAGUUGUCUUUUACUUCGGUGGGAAAAGGUGCCUGGGAAACAGUCAUUGAGCGAAACUUAAUGGGUGGGUAUUUUUGUGUCCAUUUUAAGUUAUUUAAAUUAAUAAAUUAGAAAAAUUUGGGAAAA